GCCUCCAUUGUGCUCGUCGGUCUAGUGAGAGGUGUUCUGUGUCCCUUCUUGGAUCUUCGUCCUGCUUUCUAGUGCCCAAGGUAGCGCUAUUUACUUCUCAACUAUCUACGAUAAACGAAUUGGUGAAAUUGAUUUAUUCUCGAAAAUUUGAGUUUUCUGCACUAAGAGGAAGUAGGUAUCACCAAGCCGACAGGUGUUCUAAAACAUCAGAGCAGGGAAGAAUCUAGAAACCCGCUGCUAUCCAUUUCUGACGUUAUCACUAAUCCAGAGACUUCGAGCAGAACUUACAUCAGUUCUAGCUUAGAGCGUCGAACGAACGGCCGAGAAAGCUCGGUUUCGAGCUUCUGAUAAAGGUUUCAGAGCGGCUAGAAAGAAGAGCCCGUUAUUUUCUUUUUAAUUCAAUUCCCACUGAACUAAAUGAGGGCUUGGCAAGUUUUGGAAGUGCUCUUUUUAGUGGUGGCAGUGGCCUUCUCCUUUGACGAUUGCCCACACCAUUGCACAUGCACACAAUCCAGCUUUACUGGUGGAAAAGCGAAAUGCACUCUCCUUGAUCCUGGAAUCCAGAAGUUUCCAUUGGAUAUUGUCCAUUUAACUGUAGACAAUUAUCCAGAUGAGAGAUUACCAGCUAGACUUUUUAUGGAUUUGGGAUUAAGUCAAUUAGUUACGCUUCGCAUUGCAAAUGGUUCCCUUCGAAACAUAAACCGCCACACCUUCCAAGGCCUCACAUACUUGGAAGAUGUUGAUCUCCCAAACAACAAGAUUGAAAAGAUAGAUCCACAUACUUUUGAGUCUCUUAAUGUUAAACGUCUCAAUCUGGAUGGUAAUCCACUUGUUAUGUACGAUUCGAAUGUCCCGAAUGAGCUAAGACAAUUCCUGAUAUCAACUUCCCUAAUUGAAUUAACUUUAUCAAAUUGUAAAAUCAAGUCAGUUGAUGAGAUCCAGACUCUUACGAAUUUGGCCAGUCUAGAAUAUCUCGAUCUAAGUUAUAAUGAACUUACUGAACUGAAAGACGACAUGUUUUCUUCCUUAAUCAACUUGGAAGAAAUCAAUCUGUCAUAUAAUAAGAUCAAGCACAUCGACAGAGAUACAUUUGCUGACAUUGAUGAUCUUAGUACACUCAACUUGCGUGGUAACCCUCUUGUUACCCUAGAGGGUAUUGAAAUACCAGGGCUGAAUGAACUGGAUGUAAGCCAUUGCAAAUUUGAAUUGCUGUCAGCAUCUACACUUGAAGGAUUCCCAGAAUUAACUUCUCUCAAUCUUAGUCAAAACUACAUAAUGAACAUUGAUAUGGAUACAUUUAUGAGCGUUCCUCAAUUAAAGAAUUUGGAUCUCUCAUACAAUAAACUGAGAGGACCUCUUAGCGAAUUACUAUUUGAAUUCAAUAAGAAGUUGGAAACACUUUCAUUCAGAGGAAAUUCUGAAAUUAAAUACAUGCCUGGAUUCAAAGGAGAUUUUCCCCUGCUUUAUACCUAUGAUUUGUCUUACUGUGGCCUGACCAGCAUUGGUAAUGAGACAUUCAAAGGAAUGAACAACCUUGCCACUGUAAAUGUGAGUGGAAAUUCUAUGGUACACAUCGACCCAAGGACUUUCAUAAAUCUUCAUUACUUAACUGUUUUGGACCUUUCCAGCAACUUGUUGCAUGUCCUUCAUAGCAAAAUCUUCUUGGCGAAUAAGGAACUCACCAAACUUAAUCUGGCACGAAACUUUUUCAAGCACUUACCAGCUGUCCUCUUUUUGCCUACUCCAAAACUACAGUGGUUAGACCUCAGCUCCUGCCGUCUCACCUCACUCUGCAAUAUAAGUGAGUCAUUCACCAUGAGAAAUCACAACAUUUUGAGCAGGCUUACUUAUCUUAAUUUAUCAGGAAACAAAUUGACGAAACUUCACAAGCAUUACUUUGUCAGUAUGGUAAAACUAAAGAAAUUAGACAUUUCUAACAACCCAAUUGAAUGUACGCCCGACUUUAGCCAUGUAAUGCAAUGGUUAAUUAUUAAGAGAGUAAUGCCCAACAAGGGUACAACUGAAAGUCCUGCCAGUCUUGAUCUGAUUGAGAAUAAUGUCCAGUGGGAUGACAUACUGAAAACUGUUUGUCCUCUGGAAUCCUCCAACUAUAAAGAAAAUAAUAGUGUAAUGUUCACCUCCAAUGUGAUACAUAUACCAGAUAUCGGUGGGUUUGAGACAGAUAAUAGUGACAUUGAAGUACCUAUAAUAGAAGAAGCAACACCAUUUGGACCUAUGCUAGUGGUUUGGGUGUCCUUAUUUUUAUUAGUUUUUGCAUUAAUCAAUCUCAUUGGCCUCACAAUAUACAGAUCGAGGAAAAAUUAUAAAAUUGUGUCAUCUGCCUUAGACGGACAUUUUCAAGUGAGGAGAGGAGGUCGCCAACAGUAUCAAAAACUUUAUGAAGAAUGUUCAAUCCCUGUGCCGAUUCAUAAUGAAAAGAAAAUCAGUAUUGUUGCCAGCAUUAUAGGAAAUGCCAUGGGGAAAAAUGACAAUGUUUGAAAAGAUAUAUAACAAAAUUUAUAUAUUUUUGUACUUAAAUUAACUAAGUCAGUAGAUUUUUAACUGUUAAAACACUUGUUACCAGUAAUGAGAAGGUUUUUAAAGUUUUCGGACCAUUAUAUUUUGCCAUAAUUUAUGGACUGAAAAAUUUGAUUUUGCAUUUUAUCAUUUCAAAAGAAUAACCAAUCUUAUGAAUUGACAUUCUCAGAUUUGUGUGCUAAGGUCUGUGUUUUGUAUGGGUGAUGUAUUAAUAUUUUUAUAAUGCAUUAUUGAUGAAUUGAUUGCUAAAUUUGAAAAGUAAAUAUGUUUGUUUUUAAAUUCUUAAAAUUCUUGUCCCUUUACUAUUACUACACAGAAAUAACAUGAAAAAUCAUACAGAUUAAAUUAUAUUUGCUUCGCAAAAUAUUCAAUAUUAUGGAUUGUUAACUGGUCAAGUGGGAAAUUAAAAAUAAAACAACAUAUUUGAAAAUAAACAUAUUACUUUUUGAUAACAAAAGAUGUUGAUGUUAGCAAUUAAUUGUUAAACGUAGCUCUAUAAUUACUAGUUCGUAACUAAAUAGAUGGCCAAUGCUUCUUCGGUUAAAGGAACUGGUCUUUAAAAAGAAAGCUGAUGUUUUAAAAUUUACAAUUACAUAUUUUUAUAAUAUGCAUUUUUGGUUACUUCCCUUCCUAGAUAAAAAUAUAGAAAUUAAAUGCUUCUUUAGUACUUGAGUGUUGCAAUUUUUAUUAUAAAAAUAACUAUUCAAAAAAUGUACACAAAAACAUAUUAGAAAUAUUUGAUUAAGUUCAGAAAAAAACUAUAAAUGGGAUAGUUUAACAGUUUAAUUAGAAGUAAAAAAAUUAAUUAAAAUAUAAAUUUAAAAAAUCAAUUUAUAUUUUUAAAAAUACAAAUCUGUUUGUUU